AUGGAGCCUGUUGUCAUGAUGAAGCGCGGCAGCAUGUUGCCGGCAUCGGUUGUGGAGGAGAUAUUGGCCUCUGCUGCCGCCGCGAGCGCAGAGGCACCCAAUCGAGCCCUGAAGCGACGCGUUCGUCAGCGCCUGCACAAAAAGCUCGGGUCCAUGUUAACCUCCGAGGAGUUUGAAAAAGCCAUUGACCGCUACCAGGUGUUGGAAGAGGAGCAAAGCAAAGAGGCCUCUGGGGCGGCCUUUACGGACCACAGCGCGGUGGCCUCAAAGGCCCCGAAUGGGCCCCAGGAGGGCUUAGAGGGCACCUCGCAGACCACAGAAUCGGCUAUCGAUGACGACGACCUCGAGAGCAUCAGCGAGCUGAGCACGGAGCCUGGGCCGUAG